AGAUCAGUGCAUCGGAAUCCCGACCCGGUGCCCGCCACCCGACGACCUGAGCCGGUGACCUGUCUGGAAAUCCUCCGUUCGGCCAGUUCACGGUGUUGCACCGGUGCUGUUCGAUUCAUCUUAUUGUCGCUGACGUUCCUCUGGUACUAGUUUGUCCCGAGGAGGAGAAUCGAAGGCCGAAGACCGAAAGCUUCGGCAUCUCCGGUGGUUUCUUCAGCUAUUUUCGGUGAAUCCGGCGACUGUUAGGGAUGCAUGAGGCAAGUAACUUCUUCUACUCAUCAUGCUAUAAACGUUGGUAUACUUGUUUUUCGAAUUCGGUUUAGUUUUGGUUUUUUGGAAGACUUGGUAUUUCUGGGUUUUAUGAAUUAUGACUACCGCAGGUUACUGCUCAGGGAGAUGGUUCUGGUCUAUGUUAGUUCAUAAUUUGUGUUCUAGAAAUCAGCCUCGGAGCUUCAGUUUUUUUGUUUCGUAUUUGCAACUCUCCGUCUUUUACCACAUUUGUUCGUUUCAUUUCGUUAUUCUUCUUCUUCGGUUUCCGAUCCCUAAUCCGCGGCUCUGCUUCGAUUUCACUGGGAGGUUGUGAUUGGAAUUUGCGGAAAUGGGGUUGAUCUCGGGGAUUCUGAUGGGGAUGUUGUUCGGAAUUGAGUUGAUGGCCGGUUGGCGUCACCUGAUGGCGUACCGAAGUACCAAGCUAGUCGCUAAGUUUUCGCAGGAAACAGAAAGAGUCAAAGAGAGAUAGCAGAGAUGAAAGAAGAAGAGAUGAUGACAAUGAUAUCACGGCUACCAGGGAACAGGCUAAGCCCUUCCCACCUACAUUUGUUCUUAUCAAAUUAACACGUGCUGCUCACGUGGCUGGGCCCAAACAACCCGAGCACUCCAAACUCGGAGCACGGAAGACGUUCUCAUCUAUCGCAUACAUUUCUCUCUCGCUUCCUCUCUUGUUGCUAUGGCUGCGGCAACGGAUCCAGCAGUUACACAGUACUCACAUACUGCUCUACCGCCAAUACUGACAAGCGUCAAGAAGCUUUCAGAGUCAUCACAAGUCACUUCUAUUCCUUCGACUUAUACUUACCCCGUUAAUCCUCAAGAUAAGUCAGUUUUGAUAGAUUACGAUUCAAAAAUCCCCAUCGUUGACUUCUCUCUUCUCACAUCUGGUACUCCGGAGCAGAGGUCCAAAGCCAUCAGCGACCUUGGUAAAGCAUGCGAGGACUGGGGCUUUUUCCUGGUGAUCAAUCAUGGUGUUCCUGAGGAGCUGAUGAAAGCGGUCAUGGAUGGAAGUUUAAGAUUUUUUUAUCUGAGUGAGGAGGAGAAGCACGAGUAUCAAGGGAAGCAUGUAUUGGACCCGAUAAGGUGUGGCACCAGCUUCAAUGCUUCGGUGGAUAAAGUCUUGUUUUGGAGAGAUUUUCUCAAGGUUUUUGUAUACCCUGAGUUUCACUUCCCUGAUAAGCCCGCUGGCUUCAGUCAACUUUCAUCCGAGUAUUGCAAGAGAACAAGAGAAGUUACAAGGGAACUACUAAAAGGAAUAUCACUGAGCUUAGGAUUGGAGGCUGACUACUUAGAUACGGCCUUAAAUGUGAAAUCCGAAGGUUUACAGGUCUUCAUUGCAAACUUGUAUCCUCCUUGCCCACAGCCAGAGCUUGCACUGGGCAUGCCCCCUCAUUCUGAUCAUGGCCUCCUCACCCUCCUCAUUCAAAAUGGAAUUAAUGGCCUUCAAGUGCAACACAAUGGUAAGUGGGUCAAUGUCAACGCCAUACCCAACUCCUUUCUUGUUAACACUGGCGAUCACCUUGAGAUCUUUAGCAAUGGGAAGUACAGGAGCAACAUACAUCGAGCAGCGCUAAACAACAAAGGUACAAGAAUAUCUAUCGCCGUUCCAACUGGUCCAUCUCUAGAUGUAGUUGUGACUCCGGCAUCAAAGUUGGUAGAAAAUGGAAAUCAUCCACCAGCAUAUGUUGGGAUGAAGUAUAAGGAUUAUCUAGAACUUCAGCAAAGCAGCAUGCUUGAUGGGAAAGCGGUCUUAGAUCGUGUGCGUAUUUAAAAUAUUUGAAGACUCUGAUGGCUUGGUGUCUGGUGUUCUUAUUAGCGACAUAUUAGAGUAAACAAGUUGGGAAGGAGAUACAGAAUUAGCAAAAUAAGCUACAAAUAAUUGCUACUUCACCAUAAACUUGUAAUCUUGUUGGGAAUUUAUAUUAGACAGUGGGUAAGCUUGUAAACUUACCUAGCUCUUUGACCA